CAUCCGCGUCUUCCACCGUCAUCUACCACCACCUCCAGCUUUGCCUCGGCAACAUUUUGGUUCCGUCCACCUUCUAUCCUCGCCUGUCUUGGUUCGUUCCCACACCGCUAUAGACUUUUCUAGACUCUUUUUUGGCAGCUACUCACCACGGCAUGGCCCGAAUCCGGAGCCACCACCAAGGGCCCGGAGACCCUCCAUCUCGAAGCAGUGGGCGGAAGCGCCGCGCUUCUUCCCUGGCCUCGACCGAACCGUCACAGCAAUCCAUAGAGUCCUCUCAUGGGGCUACUACUGCCAACGAAGGGCGUUCCACCUCUCCAAAUAGCCGCGACGAGACUCACCAGAGUCCAAAGAAGCGAGUCAAGCGUGCUAUUGUAGACGACCACGAUCAGCUCGCUCAGGAGCUGCAAGAUGCCGUCAGCAAUACGGAGAAAUCCAUCGACUCCCCAACCCGAAACAACGUCCGAGUUAUCAUCAACUCGAAGCCCCAGAAGCGGACUCGCUUCUCAGAGCCGCCCCCAUUCACUGAGAACGAGACUACGACGCCCUCUGUUACGCCCCCGCAACUCUCAAGCCAACCACCGAUUGGCCUAACACCGCAUCUCGAGCGCAUUGGCGCGUUCCCACCCACAAAAUCCGGCCGCCAUGCCCGAUUCUCGCUACCGGCUACAUUGGACAGUGGAGACAUUGGGACGACAAAUGGGUCUGGCGAUGUGCGUGAGGUACAAUUCACCCCACUGAGAGCAGUUCUCGAUAACCGCAUGAAGCGUCGACUCCGUCGCAGCCACCUCAGUGAGGAGGUUAACGAAAUCGAGGAGCACCUAAAGGACGACGCGAAGGACAAAAAGGAGCUAAGGGAACUUCGCCGCCAAGUUAAGCAGAAAGACGAGCGCGAGAAGGAAUUGAUGCUGGAAUUGGAACUGCAGCGCCAGAUGGGCAUCAAUAUUCAUGACGACGAAAAAAUAACGGAGCUAGAAGCAGAGCUUAGUGAGGUCAGACAGGAGCUAACUGAUCUGAAAGCCCAGAGCAUAUUCUCCGGUAGCGAGCGGGCUGGCAGCGAGGACCGCGACAUGGAUUUCGACAUCGGCCAUGGCAUCGAUUCAGACGAUGAGAACGAAGAUGAACUUGUCGACCCUGUUGAUCUCAACGUCUCACAAGAAGAUAUGCAGCCAGAACCCCACGUCAAUGGGUUCUACUCAUCACAGUCAUCGUUCUCUUUGUCCCGAAUCACGAAUUCGCAAUCUAUUUCGGAGCAGGCCUCACAGGUCAAGCUUCCUAAUCCUGCCCAUGAAGCAGAUCUCCGCAACUUCGAAGAGGCGUUGGGCAACGCGAGGCGAGAGCUUUCAGAAAUUCGAAGCGCUCUGGACAUGUUCACGAUGCAGCUGCAAGGUCUCGGGUUUGCAGACGACCAUGCAGCCGUAGAUGUAAUCCUCCAAACAAUACGUACUUCCUUUCGCGAGGCUCGCGUUGAGCUUGAGGUCCUACUUCCGGGAAGCGCUCCCCCGGAUCUUAAGAAUGGCGCUUUGCUCAACGCUCUGACCAGCCAGAUUUACGGCUUGAUGAAGGAACUUAACGACAAGACGGUAUUAGCCGAUAACCACAAUCGGAUGGAGCGAAUGCUUCGAGCGCAGAACAAUGGUCUACUCGACAAACUCGCGGAGUUCGAAUCACGACAUAUCACUCUGCAACAGGAACGGGCCGAUUUAGCUACCCAGAAGGAGAACACGAUUUCUGAGCUGGAGGAUCAGUUACAGACCGCACACUCUGCACUGGACCAGCGCGAAAAGGAAGUUUCAAAUCAUGAAAUCAAGAUCAACGGUCUUGAAGAUGAAGUCGCGGAUCAGACCACUUCCAUCCAGCGUCUUCAGAGGGCAUUGGAUGGAUAUCGUGAAGAAGUCUAUAAACUUGAGGCGCUUGUCAGCAGCACGGAGGAAGACUAUAAAGCAAGGGUUGAGCAACUUAAACUGGACCACGCGGACGUUGUGGAAGACCUAAAUUCACAGCUCGCGGAUGAGACCAAAGCUCGCGAGGAGGCUGAGGCUGAGUCAGACCAGAAGAGCGCCUUCAUCGACAAUCUGGAAGACAAGAUAGACUAUGCGGAAACACACCUGGAUAGCCUUCGCGCAGAGGUCGCUCGUGUGCAAGCCUCAUCUGACGCAGAGAAGGCGGGCCGUGAGGCCGCUGAAGCUAAGGUCGAGGAACAGACUACCUUCAUCGCUAAUCUCGAGGACACAAUCGGGCAGGCCGAAGAGUCGCUCAAGCAGCUCAACUCAGAGCUUGAGCAACUUCGCACACUCGCUGACGCCGAGCGCAACCAGCGUGAGACCGCCGAGCAGGACUUGGAUGACCGGACCACUCGUAUCGCUGAGCUCGAGACCAAGCUUCGGGAUGAGGGCAUCCAGGCCAACGAGCUUCGGUCCAAGCUAUUCCAGGUUCAGAACAACAAGGCAAUUGAAGUUGCCAAGCUAAAGGAUGAAAUGAACGAACGAGAAGAGUAUAACAGAUGUGUGAUACAGACCGAGAAAGAUCGCGCAAACGUCGCGGAAAGCGAAUCCGCUCGCCGAAACGUUCUGAUUGCCGAGAUGGAGUUGGAGAUCGCGAAAAAGGAAGAGGCCGCGGAGUUGAUGAAGGCGGAGCACGAUGGACUAGUGAACGCUCGGGACGAAACAAUCGCUCGCCUAGAAGAGAACCUCACGUCGCUCGAGGAAGAUUAUACGAGUUUGAAAGAGUCUACUGACCUUCAAAUCGCUACCCUUCAGGCCAACAUCAAUAGCCUUACUGACACCAUCAAGGAGCGCGACAGCACCAUUGCCAUCCUCCAAGACGAGGCCAUCGAAAGUGCCGAACAGCAUCAAUUCAUGAUCGAGCAGCAAAAUGACAAGAUCGGCACGCUCACCACCGACCUCACAUCGGCGCGGUCAGAUAUCGACCACCUUAACGAUAUUAAGGCCUCUCUUGAGAAACGUGUCCAUGAAACCGCCUCCGAACUCCUUCGAAUUACCAACGUCCACGCCGACGAGAUCGAAGCUCUCGAGAAGACUGUAAAGUCCCGCAACGCGGAAAUCGCGGACCUCACCACUACCAACCAGCAGCGCGUCGCGGAGUUCGAGACUACCCUGCAGGAGAAGACGGCUGAGCUCGAAGCCAUGCACCAAGUCGCGGAUGUGCGCGCGGUGGAUAUCACGAAGCUGGUCGCUCAGAUGGACGAGUUCAAGGAGGCGUUCCGCAAGCAGCAGGAGGACGGCGAGGCGACGAUCAAGGCGCUGCAGGAGGGGAUGCAGACGGCGGUGCAGCGGGCGGAUACGCUGUCUUCGGCAUAUUGCGACCGCGCUGCCGAGGCGGGAAAGGUUGUCGAUGCUUUCAAGUUCGAGGGCGUGAAAGUGACGGGCCCGAAGCUGGAUCUGCAGCGCGUCAUUGAGGGACGGGUGGGCAAGGUCAAGGAGAAGGUGCGCGUAACCAAGAAGGGGCGCAAGAAUAGGCGGGUCUUUGAUUCGGGGAUUGGAGUCGAGGACGAUGAUGAAGAAGAGGCUGUUACCGGAGCUGAAAACGGACAGGCUGUGAACGGGUUCUAGGGGAUGCUGGCGAGUACGUGUGUGUGUGUUGCUUUUGUUGGCUCAAAUUUGGCGGCACGCGGGACGGGAUAGCUGGCUACAAUGGUAUGCUUGGCUAUACGGGUCUUGGAUACGCAUGAUGUUGCGACGAUUACGACCAUGUCUACUGACAGGGGAGGGUUGAUCUUCUUCGUCUUUUUGGUACAGUAUUGUGCUUGUAUCGAGGCAGUGGCAUUGUUGGGUUGCAUCAGCGUAAUCUGGGGUGCACUCAUUUUCAUUCCUUGGGUAGUAUAGCGGGAUUGGGAAAAUAAUACUAUGGGUUCAUCUUGCUUCUU